AUGGCAAAGAAAAGGAACACAGUUAAUAACUCAGAUGGAGGGUCACAAAACGAAAAGACUACACUCCGAGCACAUUCAGAAGAGGCUAUUAUAGAGGAGUCCGAUGCAGAUACCGAUGUUAAAAAGCCAAACUUGACGAAUAAUCAACCGACAUUAAUAGAUAGCUCAGAUGAAGAGGAUACUUCAGGAUCAGAUGAAUCUAGUGCCAGUGAUGACGAAGAUAUUCAAGAUGAUGACGCAUUUGAUAACUGGUUUGACAAGACUAGAAAAGAAGGUACCAGUUGGUUAUGUGGUCAAAGCUCUGCACCCAAAUUACAAUCAGAGAAAAAGUCAGCUGUAAAGGAUAUUGAAGUGCCCUCUAUUUAUGAUGUCAGACCUCCAGCCAAAGGACGCAGAGCACUCAGGAAGGAAAGAAGAGCUGAGAGAGAGAAAACACUUGGUGACAUAUGGUUUGGAAUGAAGGUGCCAGACAUUGAUAAACUAAAGAAUGACAUGGAACUUAUAAGAAUGAGAGGAGCACUGGACCCCAAAAAGUUUUACAAAGAGGAAGGAUUGCCUAAAUAUUUCCAGAUGGGCACCGUGAUGGAUGAAGGCUCUGAUUUCUACAGCAGUCGUCUCACUAAGAAGCAAAGAAAACAGACUUUGGUGGACGAGCUUAGGGCAGAUGCUAAUAUACGACAAUACGACAAGAGGAAAUACUCUGAGCUGCAACAGAAAAUGAGAGUAAAGAACCCAAACUGA